GCCCGCAUCCAACGUGGCGGCGGCGGAGCGCGACCGGAAAACGCUCCGGGGGGAAACGGAGGCCCGUGCGGCAGGGCUGAGGAGCGUGCGGCGGUGCCUCCCACCCCUGGGUGCCCACAUCCAUUGGUGCCCCCCACCCCGUGGCGUUCUCCACUUCUGAGCCCCCCCCCAUCCCUCGCUGCUCCCUCCCCGUAUCCUCCCCCACAUCCCACACGCAGGUGCCACGUUCCUGUCGGCUGUCCGCGUCCCUUCGUCCUCUACAAUGGCUGCGGGGGGUGGCACCAUCCCCGCGCUGGCCACGGAGCCACGCUUCGCCCAGCACCUGAGGUGAGCCGGGAGGGAGCCGGGUGGCCCUGCGGUGCCCCAUGCUGUGCUCUGGCCGCAGCGGGACUUGGGGGGCUGCAGGGGGGAAGGAGUGCGUGAGGCGGCCCCGGCCUUGCAGGCAGCGUUUGGAAGAGGCCCGGCUCUUGGAUGCCCGGUACCGGCUGCAGAAGGUGCCAGGGGGCAGCGUGGCCCUGCCGGUGCUGGAGGGGAAGGCAGCGGAGCAGUGGCUGCAGGACAACGUGCCGCAGGGGCUGUCCUGCCGGCUGCUCUGGAUCCAGGACCCCGUCCCUUCAAAGGCCGCCAGCGUGCAGCCGCCUGCCCAGAAGCUGCGCUGUGAGCUGCGCCGGCUGCUGGUGGAACGGGGAGAAAGCUGGUCGGAAGAGCUGGAGCGCGACGUGCCCCGCACCUGGCAGCGGCAUGGGGACUUGGUCCUGCUGAGCGAGGACAGCUUCAGUGCUGCGCUGUGGGCAAAGCUGGGCCCCGUGCUAUGGGAGACGGUCGCGGCGGCUCUGGGUGCCCAGCGCCUGGCCAAGCGAGGACGGGUGUUGCCAGACAAGAUGCGCUCCCCCACUGUCACCCUGCUGCUGGGCCACAACAGCUGGGUGGAGCACGUGGACAAUGGCAUUCGGUACACAUUCGAUGUGACAAAGUGUAUGUUCUCCCCGGGUAAUAUCACGGAGAAGCUGCGAGUGGCCUCGAUGCAGUGCUCUGGGGAGGUGCUGGUGGAUCUCUAUGCAGGGAUUGGGUACUUCACACUACCAUACCUGGUUCACGCGGCUGCUGCCUUUGCCCAUGCCUGUGAGUGGAACCCACACGCCCUGGAGGCCCUGAGGAGGAACCUGGCACUGAAUGGUGUGCAGGACCGCUGCCAGAUCCACGCUGGGGACAGCAGGCAGCUGCAGCUGAGGGAUGUGGCUGACCGGGUGAACCUGGGACUGAUCCCCAGCUCCGAGGAGGGCUGGCCCGUAGCCUGCCGUGUCCUGAAGAAGAGCACGGGAGGGGUUCUGCACAUCCACCACAACGUGGAGUCUCGCCCCUUGCCUCCUGCUCUGAAGGAUGAGCAGAGACUCCCAGAGGAAUCCAGCUCUGAGCAGAAGGAUGAAGAACACCGGGGCUCUGAGGAGAUGGAGAGCGGUGUCCAGGAGGUGCUGGCGGCCAGAGUCAGGCCCGAGUGGUGGAGCUGGGCUGAAGCAGCUGCUGUGCGGAUCCGAGGGCUGCUGACAGAGCUGCACAGCCAGCCGUGGCAGACCCACAUCCUGCACAUCGAGGCGGUGAAAUCCUACGCGCCCCACGUGCAUCACAUUGUGCUGGACCUUGAGUGCCGCCCGACGCCGCCCGCCUAGCUGGCUGCGGUGCCCCAGCAUGGCUCCAGGUCUGGAUUUUGCCAUCUGGGUGUGGUUUACAUCCCGUGUUCCCAGGUGGCAGCAGUGCCCAGCAGCAAGCCGGGCCCCUGCCAUCCCUGCGCCGUGCCCAGGGCUGCUGUGCAAGGGGAGCUGCGCUCAGCUGAGCUGCACGGGGACCGUGUGAUGGCAGAGCGUGGGGCUGAGGCUGCCCAUAGUCCCACCUCAGCUCUGCCUACUGGCGCCCAGUGCAGGGACAUCACACUGCAGGGACAUCACACUGCAGGGACAUCACGCUGCCUUGGAUGCGUGCUGGCACUUUCAACUCCACUUUCACAUGAAAGAGAGCUGCAGGGCUGGAUGAACCUCAGCAUUUGUGCUGGGCUUUGUUUCGAUGAGUCAG